GCACAAGGGAAGUUCUCACCGCCAGAGACUGGCCGACAUGGAAAACUUCAGCAAAAUCAAUAAAUCAACUGUCACCGCCAGAGACUGACCGACGCGAACAGUUGUUAGCUACAAAGACUGGCCGACACGAAGCUAUGGCUUCUCCUAAAUAUUCAAAGACACAAGGGAAGUUCUCACCGCCAGAGACUGGCCGACAUGGGAAACUUCAGCAUACAUUUGCAGUUGUUACACCACGACAGGGUGUUACUGGUCAUGUGAUAUAG